AUGGCAGCCAACGCACAGGUGCCAAAGGCUGCGACUGGUAACUCCCAGGGAACACCCGAAGAAUGGACCGAGGAGCAACUGGAAGAUGCUCUAGAGAAGUUGAAAAUCCUCCAUGUCAAGUGUCGCGAACUUAGGACAACGAUCCCACGCAUGCUUGAGCCCUUGGCCUUGAAACACACCACUCCACAAGAUGCCCUGAACACUUUGCAGAAGUCGGUCGCAGGCGCUUCAACCGAAAUAGAAGACUUCCGCUCUCUAUACAAGAGCGAAGAUACGAAGAAAGUCUUUGACCAAGCCCAAAAGAGUCGGCAGGUACAACCAAAGGAUAUCAAGGCGUGGCGAGCACGAGACCAUCCCGAUUGGUUGGAUGUCAAAGAGAAGGCAUCGUCUACAUAA